AUGCUGAGGACCACUUUGAUUAGGGCGAAUAAACACUCUCCUUUGGCAGGUCUCAAUCCAGUCGCAAACAAAAAGGACCAGUUGGAGAUCAGUUCCCUCACAAAACGCCGAGAAGUAACAGACCUCAAAGCUCUUCCUAAAUACAUGCAGAAACGCGCAGAAAAGUACGGCUGGAACACGCCAGAUCGGAUCGCUCCCAAUGUCGGGCCUCUUGUUCCUGGACUACCGGUUUAUCAAAGCACGAGAAAACAGAGGAGCUUGGAGUUUAUUGGAUGGAUUUUGAUUUUUUACGGAAUUUACGAAUUGGGAGAAAUUAUGAAGGAUUUCGCGGCGAAGGUUCCGACGAAAAGGGAAAAACAGGAUUUGGAGAGAUAUCAGAAAGCGAGAGAUCUUCUCAUGUCGAAAGAUUUGAAGGAAUCCGAAAAGCAAAGCUUAUCGCUGGAAAACUUCGAGAUGCCGAUUUUAUACAAUAUCAUGGCCAACGACGGCAUCGAAUUUUACGUCGUCUUACUGUACAUUCUCGGCGGCUUUUCACUCGCUUUACGUGUUAUUUAUUUAUCCUUCCGCGCCUAA